AUGUUGUCAGGGAAAGGAUUUUAUCUCCUUUGUGCAUUUGAGGCCAUGCACGACAGUAUUUCAUACCAGGCACAGCUGCAGUUGAAUACGUUCGGCAAGUAUGCGAGGCCAACAACGGUGAAGAAUAGGUGUGUGGAGAGUGGGAGGAGGGGGGUGACGAGUUAG